CAACUCUGGUACUUCUCUCCCAUCUUUAUUCUCUCUCUCAUUUUUCUUCCUCCACAUUCGCCAUUCCUCCUCCAUCUUGUUUCCAUUCACACUCCAUUGUUACUCUGUUUUUCGGUCUUUUCUACUGGAUCUUCCAUUGUUGGUCGACCGUAAGGCUUGUGUACGUAGCCUUUGUGAGUCUCUUAUCUUAUUCCCAACCCAAAUCGUUAAAAUCUUUUUGGGGGUUUUGCAAGGUUUAUGUCUGUUUGGUUUUUCUCCUUUUUCUCUCCGCUUUUGUCUGUGAGAGUUUCUUUACCUUUUACUGUGGCCUUAUUAUUCCCUGAUUUUCAAGAUCUUCAUCUGCGAUGCUGAUAGCGAUUUUUUGAGAAAGAAAAUCAGUAUUCCAGAUUGAAAAAUGGACCAAAACAUUCUGUGCCCAAUCAAGUACACAGAACAUCGACAUGUUACCAAAAAGUUCAGAAAGCCCUCUUUGAAACCCAGAAAGUUUUCCGAUGACCGGAACCCAGGGGACCAAAUACCCAGAGUCCUGCGGAUAUCGGUAACCGACCCAGAUGCGACGGACUCAUCCAGCGAUGAAGAAGAAAAUUUCUUUGGUCGUCAGCGAGUGAAGCGAUAUGUGAACCAGAUUAACAUCGAAGCCAGCUGUAAAGCAAGUAGUACAGUGGUCGCCAAUGGAAGGAAGAGAACUGCUACCGAGACACCGUCUCGUCAACUAGUCAAAGUUCAGACGACAGAGACAACAAAUGGCAGGAAGUUCAGAGGAGUACGACAACGGCCUUGGGGUAAAUGGGCGGCUGAGAUUCGCGAUCCGGCGAGACGUGUACGGCUGUGGUUAGGGACUUACGACACGGCGGAGGAGGCGGCCAUGGUGUAUGAUAAUGCCGCGAUUAAACUGCGAGGACCAGACGCUCUGACAAACUUCGUGACACCUCCGGCAAGAGACGAAGAGAAGCCGAGUUCAGUUGAUUCCGGUUACGAAUCAGGCGAUGAGUCCCAAUCUCACAAUCUCUGUUCCCCAACUUCUGUUCUUAACUUUAGGAGUUCUCAGACUACUGAAGAGGAAGAACCACAAAAGCCCCAAAAGUCAGUAGAACUAUCGGUUCAGACUAAACCGGUGGAGGACCUCAAACCGGUAAAGGAAGAGCCUAUGGAGUAUCAAGGGGAGAGCAGUAUUUCCGAUGAAAUCGGAAACUACUUUCCGAUUGGUGAGGAGUUACCAUUCCUUGACGACUUCUUCAACUUUCCGACUUCGGAACCGUUGUUCUUCGACGACCCAUCUCCGGCACCGAUGCUUCAAGAAAGCAUAUCCGAUGAAGAUUCGGGUGAUAUUUUCCUUGACACGCCCAUUGAUUUUGGGUUAUCGUCCUCAUUGUCGUUGUACCAAGACGACUGUUUCCAAGACAUUGGGGAUUUAUUCUUCUCAGAACCGCUUGUGGCUCUUUGAAUGUGAGAGUGAGAUAGUACUGUGUUCAUGGUGGUAGUGAUGGUCACCGCUUCUGGCUUGCCGGAAGAUUGGCGGAUUUUGUAACGGCGGUGACUUUAAGUUUCGGCUAGUUUUGUUUUUAUUAUUAAGUGUUUUUUUUUUUGCAUCAUUAAUAUUAAUAUUAUUUAUGUAGUUAAUUAUCUCCGUUAGAAUUUAACGGAAUAAUGAGUGAAGUUUUGGUAGAAGAGCAUGUGCCUUAUUUUCAAUAAUUAGAAGACUUCUUAAGGGUGUAUGAGUUUGAGAAGGCAAUGAAUCCUAUAAUCCAUUUCCUUA